AUGCCUCCAAAGAAAAAGUCCAAAGCGCAGUCUCGACAACUCUUUUCAGACUGGGAAACCAACCCCGAGAACCUAGCAGCAUUUGUCGACUACGUUCGAUCCAUUGGACUUGAUCCCGCCGCUUCCACCACUGAUGCCGAACAGGACCUUGAAGUUCGGCCUGCUAAGCGCAUGAAGCUUUCACGAGGCGUAAUCGAGCCUAGCGAUGCCGUCUGUAUCGAUGAACACACAGUCGCCCUGCCUGGCCGCGAGACGGCGGCCAUUCCCAAGGAUUUUGCCCUCCUUAAGCAAAACAUUGGAGACUACGUGGAUGCUUGGGUGGUGAACACCAAACCCGACCGUCAUGCUCCAGAACGUGGCACCUGGUACUUGCACCUUGCUCCAGGCAAAGACACCAGUCACUCCAACAAAACAAGGAGCGCCCACAUCUGCUAUCUGCUCAAGACAAGGACAGUUUCUCGGAGACUUAGUCUCAUGACCCGUGUUGCCAAAACACAUUCAUUCGAUCCUGGAUCAAAGGGCUAUGUCUGGACUGCUGUGGAUAUCGCCAUCCGUCAAGAAGGAGCAUCUGUCAAAAUCGAUGUCACUCUCAGGCUAAUGUGGAACACAAGCACAGAUGUGUACCAGUCCAAGGUUCAACAAGGGCUGAAAAAUCAUGUGCUGUUGGUGUAUUACCCGAAUCUGCUUCCUCCAUCGCAAGAGCCGCUCUCCUGGUCUCCACAAGAUUUCUACGAAGCAGCGCAUACCCCAGAGCCGUACUUGUCCGACGAACAUUUUGCGGCAGCAACGAUCCCCAAUCUUGAGGCGAACCUCUUUCCGUUCCAGCAAAGGGCUGUUCAGUGGCUUCUACAGCGUGAGGGUGUCAAAUGGAGCGGCGCUCUCCAACCCGAUGGCCAGCCGUUGGUCCAACCAUCUGAAAGCGGCGAUGCGUCCCUUCUCCCUGCCUUCUUCCAGCAGGUCAGGAAUCCCAAUGGCGGCAUGUUUUAUAUUAGCCCGUUAUUUGGCAUAGCAAUAAAAGACAUCACGAAGCUCCAGUCCAAUGACAGGAUCAAAGGCGGUAUCCUGGCUGAGGAAAUGGGUCUUGGAAAAACCGUCGAAGUCAUUGCCCUCGCCUUGCUUCACAGGCGCCCGCAAGGCCCAACAAUCGCUUACGACCCGUUUCUUGGCCGCGAGCUCCAGACCACAGGGGCGACCUUGAUAAUAACGCCUUUACCUCUUCUCGAUCAGUGGCUUUCCGAACUGAGUCGCCAUGCUCCGAGCCUCAAGGUGGUAUACUACCCGGGGUUGAAAAAGGCGGCCAAGAUGAAAGGUGUAGAUCUCUCUGUCAAACAAUUGGCUCAGCAGGAUGUGGUCAUCACCACUUAUGAAGUUCUCCGGACAGAGAUCUGGUCAGCCAUCGACCGUCCCGAACGAUCCAUGCGCGGAGAAAAGCAAUAUGAGCGCCAAACAUCUCCCCUCGUCGAACUCGGAUGGUGGCGCGUUUGCAUUGACGAAGCCCAAAUGGUGGAAAACUGGACCAGCAACACUGCAGUGCUUGCAAGGCGUAUCCCCCGCGUCCAUGCUUGGGCCAUCACUGGCACCCCAGUGAAGGAUGACAUACAGAAAGAUCUCCGAGGCCUUCUGAACUUCCUUCGAGUUGAGCCGUAUGCCUCGGAUAAAGACGCCUGGAAAGCCUUGAUGUACGAUAAGGCGCGUUUCAAGGCCCUGUUCGGCUCCAUCACCAUGCGGCACACGAAGAGCAUGGUUAGAGGUGAAAUUUCGAUUCCGCCUCAGAAACGACAUGUGAUCACGAUGCCCUUCAGCGCCGUGGAGGAACAACAUUACCGGACCGUCUUCAGUGAGCUCGUUAACAACUGCGGCUUGGAUGUUGAGGGAAAUCCUAUUCAGGAAGACUGGGAUCCUGAGGACCCUGCUAUUCAACAAAGCAUGCGGACUGCUCUCGAUUGCCUGCGGCAAUUGACUCUUCACCCCGAGGUAGGGAAUCGAAACCGCAGGGCUUUAAGGAAAAGGCUCGGACAACCAAUGCGAACAGUGGCCGAGGUCCUUGAUGCAAUGCUAGAGCAGACCGACGGUGCCAUUAGGAGUGAUCAACGUAGUCUCCUGCUCAUGCAGCUCAAAAGAGGACAAAUUCUGGCUGGAAUGGACCGCCUCCAGGAUGCACUAACAAUCUGGAACGAUGUUCAUGCGAAAAGCACAGAGAUGGUAGCAGAGUGCCGGAAGAAGCUUGAGGCAGAGCUUGCAAAAGCCCCUGUGGUGCCGUCAGGUGAGGGGGGUGAUAGCGAGUCGGAUGAUGAUGAGGAUACCGCAUCAGGUUCUAAAGAUUCCCGCCGUCGACUAAGGAACGCCCUUGAGGUCCAGCACAUGGCCGUGUUCUUGUGCGCAAAUGGAUAUUACUCGAUCAAGUCGGAUGUCAAAUCGACUGUUCCGGAUUCAGACGAGUUCAAGCGGCUGGACAAACUGGAAUCUGAAGGCUACGACCUUGCGAAGGCAAUCAGGAAGGAAAUUUUGCAAGAGAGUUACGGCAAGGCGAGAAAGUUGAUGGACAAUCUUGACGAAUGUCGCGAGAAGCAAGACUUCGUGGUCAUCCCGGCAGUUGAUUUACCCGAAGAAAGUGGUGUCGAAUGUAGCAACAUCAUCAUCACUCUCGAGGGUAUAUACGAGGCCCUUGACCAGCAGACCGAGAAGCUCGAUGAAUGGAGAAAGCACGUCAUCCAACUCCUGCUCAAGCCGUUGGUGGAUGAGGACAAUACCGAUGUUGAAGCCACAGGCCAAGAGUAUGAGGAAUCAACAAAGCUUCAGGAUGAGAUACUGGCAUACGUACAGGUCUUGAAGGCCGCUAUCGCCGACCGACAAGCCGUAAUAUCCGGGCAACGAAACGGUCUGAUCGAGCACGAAGUUGGGGUGGUGCUCAAUAUGGCACGCGAUGAUAUGGAAGUCGAAGAAGGCCAGGAGCCUCCCGAAUCGGCCAAGCGGAUCCUUGAGCUCUUUGCUUCUCGCGCAAGUAUCAAGCCGAAAUUCCAUGAAGGCGAUGGCCAUACAUCCCUCAAGGGCAUCAUCUCGAAGCUUCGAGCUUUGAUGACGGAUUUACGACAUCAAGAAGCGAGUGGGAGCAAAAGAGCAAGGUUGGAACUUGCUUUGGCAGAGAAAUUGUUCAAGUCAACCCAGGCUCAGCAUACGGACCAAGGUAAAGCAGCCACAGCUAUGGAGCAAGAGGUUGAGAAGUUCACAAACAUCCUGAACGCGCGUCUUGAUUUCUACCGGCAACUGCAGCAGGUUUCAGACUCGGUAGAAGAGUACAGAGGAGCCACGGACGAAGAGACCCUACAGAGGGCUAUCGACGAGGAAGAAAGGUUGACGACGAAAUUGGCCACGGCGGAGUCGAAGCAUCGUUAUCUACUUCACCUCAAGGAAACAAAUGCUUCCUCUGAGGAGGAACGAAUGUGUGUCAUCUGCCAGUGCCCAUUCUCCAUCGGCGUCUUGACAGUCUGCGGCCACCAGUUUUGCAAAGGGUGCAUCACCAUGUGGUUCGCAGCUCAUCACAACUGCCCGGUGUGCAAGCGCGCUCUCAGCCGCUCGAACCUUCACGAUAUCACCUACAAACCUCAAGAGCUCAAAGUCCACUCGGAAGGUUACUCCUCCAAUAAGCAGCUAGCCCACCGCAACGAAUCAACAUCACAACCAACAUCACCCUCCAAGUCCAAAAAACACUCAGCUAUUUACACCGAGUUCAACCCCUCCAAGCUCGCCGAAAUCCAGAACAUCGACCUCGAAAACGGCCCGCACUACACCACCAAAGUUGACACUCUCCUCCGCCACCUCCUCUGGCUGCGGCAAUCCGACCCGGGCGCCAAAUCCAUCGUCUUCUCGCAGUAUCCAGACUUCCUCCACGCAUUAGCCCAGGCCUUCGAGCGCUACCGCAUCGGCUACUCCUCUUUUGAUCGAGGCGCCAUAUCCAGCGUCGUCUGCUUCCGCGACGACCCCUCGAUCGAAGUCUUCUUGCUGCACGCCCGCGCUCACGCGAGCGGGUUGAACCUGGUCAACGCCAGCCAUGUCUUUCUCUGCGAGCCGCUGCUGAACACGGCGCUGGAACUGCAGGCUAUUGCGAGAGUGGACAGGAUUGGUCAGAAGCAGGAGACGACGGUGUGGUUAUACAUUGUGGAUGGGACGGUGGAGCAGAAUGUUUAUGAACUGAGUGUGAAGAGGAGGCUGGAGCAUAUGGAGCGGAGGGUGGCUGCUAGCACCGCCUCUUCUUCGGCUAUGAAGUCAAAGGGGAAGCAACCUGACUCUGACUCUGACUCUGAGAUGAUCAGCCUCGACGCAGCCAACGCCCAGGAAAUGCAGCAGGCGCAUUUGAGUCGGUUGAUGGGUAAAGGAUCGGAUGGGGUGGUCGGUGAGGCAGUGGACCAAAAUGACUUGUGGACUUGUUUGUUUGGGAGUGUCAAGCCUCCGACUGGACCGGCAACAACUAGUGGUGGAACUGGUGGUGGUAAUGACGCAGGUGACGAUAGGAUGUUGGUGGAGAAUCCGGUGACGAGAGGGUUCUUGGCUGGGGAGGCGGCCGAGCAAAGGAGUAGGAGGAGAGACGAUGGGGAAGCCUCCGGUUGA